AUGUCCGACUACGACGAUGAGAUGGACGUCGAUGCGCCCUCGAAGGAUGUCCAGUUCAGCUCGGAGAGUGCUGGCAAGAAGAGAACGGCCGCUGACCUGCCGGUCGAAGCUCAAGAUAAUCUGCCCUGGGUCGAAAAGUACCGGCCACACACGCUAGACGAUGUCUCUGGCCAUCAGGACAUCCUCGCGACUGUCAAUCGCUUUAUCGAAGCAAAUCGACUCCCUCAUCUUCUUCUCUACGGCCCGCCCGGCACCGGCAAGACCUCCACGAUCCUCGCGCUGGCACGACGGAUAUACGGCAAUAAAAACAUGCGGCAGAUGGUGCUGGAACUGAACGCCAGUGACGACCGCGGCAUCGAUGUGGUGCGCGAGCAGAUCAAGACGUUCGCCAGCACGAAACAGAUCUUCUCCAUGGCACCGCAGUCCACUGCCGGUACUUCCCUCGCUGGAUUCAAGCUGAUCAUCCUCGACGAGGCCGAUGCCAUGACAUCGGCAGCUCAAAUGGCUCUCCGCCGGAUUAUGGAGCGGUACACGGCCAAUACGCGAUUCUGCAUUAUUGCCAACUACACCCACAAGCUUGCGCCCGCGCUGCUAUCACGAUGCACGCGGUUCCGAUUCAGCCCACUCAAAGAGGCCGACAUCCGCACUCUCGUCGACCAAGUGAUCGAAAAGGAGCAGGUCCGCAUCCAACCCGAGGCGGUGGACAGUCUUGUCACCCUCAGCAAAGGUGAUAUGCGACGGGCCCUGAAUGUCCUGCAAGCCUGUCAUGCCAGCAGCAUGCCCCUGCCGACGAAAAAUCAAACCGAACCCCGCCCGGAAUCUGAGACGAUCACCAAUGGGACCAUUUACGACUGCAUUGCGGCGCCACACCCAGCCGACAUCCAGCAGAUCAUGACUACGAUCCUGUCGACCAGCGAUGUGACCUCGUGCCUGAACACGGUGCAGACGCUCAAGUCGACCAAGGGUCUGGCGUUAGCUGAUAUACUAUCUGCGUUGGCGGAGCAACUACAGCAGCUCGAAGUCCCCGCCCAAACUCGCAUUACCUGGCUAGAAGGUCUGGCCGAGAUUGAGUGGAGGCUGGCAGGUGGCGGGUCCGAGGCCGUUCAGACCGGGGGCAUGGUUGGGGUGGUGCGCAACGGGUGUGAGCUGAUGGGCGAUAAGGGUGUAGCGGUCUGA